UUUACAAUUCUCAAAAUAGUUCGUCUUGGUGACGACUGACGAGGUUUUGAAGCGCUGCGGUUGGGCAAAGAUAAACCCUCACACCUAACGGUCUUGGAACCAGCUUCACAUUUUCUCUCUCCCGCUCGCUCGUUCUUGCUCGAUCGUGCAGCAGACGCAGAUUUUCAAUUGAGCGUUGUUCACCAGAACGAAUUGGAGGCCAUGGACUCUGUCGUGCAAGACUCGGCAGAUCAGCAACCUCAACCACAGAAGAUACAAAUAUAUCCUACCGUUACCACAGGAGUUUCCCCCUUCUGGAGAGAUAAAUAUGAAAGAGAUGCUAUGAAGUAUUGGGAUAGAUUCUACAGGCAACAUGAAGACAGAUUUUUCAAAGAUCGGCACUACUUGGACAAGGAAUGGGGUCAAUAUUUCUCUGGAGCACGAGGAAAAGCCCUUUUGGAGGUUGGCUGUGGUGCUGGAAACGCUAUCUUUCCUCUGAUUGCUACAUACCCAGAAAUUUUUGUCCAUGCAUGUGAUUUCUCAUCUCGUGCUGUUGACUUAGUGAAGACGCAUAAAGACUACACUGAGAACCGUGUUAACGCUUUUGUGUGCGAUCUAACCAUUGACGAUUUGAGCAGGCACAUUUCUCCGUCUUCAAUAGAUGUUGUAACCAUGAUAUUUGUGCUAUCUGCAGUGUCGCCGGAGAAGAUGUUUCUAGUUUUGCGUAACAUUAAAAGAGUCCUCAGGCCAAAUGGUUAUGUGCUGUUCCGUGACUAUGCUACUGGUGAUCUUGCUCAGGAAAGAUUCUCUUGCAAGGAUCAGAAGAUCAGUGAGAACUUUUAUGUCAGGGGUGAUGGCACUCGUGCAUUCUAUUUCUCAAAUGACUUCUUGACAAGUUUGUUUAAAGAAAAUGGGUUUGAUGUUAAAGAAUUUGGUUUAUGCUGCAAACAAGUUGAAAACCGAGCACGUGAGUUGGUGAUGAAUCGGCGUUGGCUCCAAGCUGUGUUCCAAUUUUCAGAUGGUUUAAAUUCUUUUUCGAGUACAGAAGGUGAAGUCAAGGUAGGCAUUAUUGGUCAAGACAUUCAGGAGUUGGAGCUCAAGGAGAACAAUCUGAAGGAUUCUAUGAACAACAAUGAAGUUGACAUGUCCGAGGGUUUGGCUGAAAUGUUUGGUAUUUCACCUUCCAAUAACAACGAGAUCAUUGAGGUCAACCUCAAAGGGAUGAACUUCAAGAUUGAGGCGCUUUCCAAGGAGUACCAACACACUUGUAAAUCAACUGGAUUGAUGCUGUGGGAAUCGGCCCGUUUGAUGGCUUCUGUCCUUGCAGAAAAUCCAAUUACUGUUGCUGGGAAAAAAGUUUUGGAGUUGGGGUGUGGCUGUGGGGGCAUCUGCUCUAUGACCGCUGUUAAAUCAGCUGACCUUGUGGUUGCUACUGAUGGUGAUACACAAGCCCUCAAACUGUUGAGCCGAAAUGUAAAUUCUAACCUUGGACCACCACUGCUUGCUAAACUGUCAACAAAGGUACUAGAUUGGGGAAACAGAGAACAUAUAGAAGCUAUCAAGGAAAUCAAUAGUGAGGGCUUUGAUGUCAUCAUAGGCACCGAUGUAACGUACGUUCCUGAAGCUAUUUUUCCCUUGUUUGCCACUGCCAGGGAAUUGAUUUCGACAAACAGAAGCAAUAGUGAGGACCAGCAACCCGUAUUAGUUCUGUGCCAUGUGUGGCGCCGAGUUGAUGAACCAUCUUUACUUUCAGCUGCUUCGCAAUUUGGUUUUAGGCUUGUUGAUAAGUGGUCGGCGAGAUUAAGUGAUCAAUCUGGAAGUAGUAUUGUCAGCUCUUGGUUUCCAAAGGAUAUAUCUACCGAGAGUAUUGGAGAUACAGCAUUGAUUAUCAUGUAUUUUCACAGGGAAUGAUAGACAUCCUGAGCUUCCAUUCAUUAGUUUUGAAUCUUUUGAUUAUAUUUAUCGAGAAAAGGGUUUGCAGAAUGAAAUGAUACUGACAGAAUCAGUGUGAUAUAACAUGAAUUCUUUGUUUUCCCGAAUGAUUGCUCUAAGAUUGACAUACAUGUGAUGCGUUGAAUGGUGUAAUUCUUACACUGAAA